AUGAGCAACGCAAGAUCAAGAGGACGCAGUGCAAUAGAAGGUGGCGAAUCGAGUGAUGACCAAAAUCAAUCGAAUUCCGAUCGAUUCGAUCUUGAAUUGGGAAAAAGUGAUUCGGGGUGUGGAACGAUGAAGGAAAUGAUCGAGGGAAAUAAUGUGGGGUUGGUGGAUUUGGAUUUGACCUAUAUUCAAACAACACUCCGACAUUUUCCCUGGUAUCAUGGUUUACUUCAAAGUGCACACGUUAUACAGUUCCUCAAAGUGGGUUUUUCGGGGGAAAAACGGCCCCCGGGUGGGGGUCGAACUCUGGUUUUGCAAAAGCUCGGCCACGAUGCACUUAUUAUCAAAAAUCUCAUCGGUACCACGCGCUCCACCGAAAUAAACACGCAACGCAGACUGCGUCGCGCCACAACACACACAAAUAAGGGAACGAUUCAAAUUCCCUCCCUUUUUGUGUAUGUUGUGGCGCGGCGCGGUCUGCGUUGCGUGUUUAUUUCGGUGGAGCGCGUGGUACCGACGAGAUUUUCGAUAAUAGUUAACGGACGGCCCCCCGGGUGGGGGUGGAACCCUGGUUUUGCAAAAGCUCGGCCACGAUAUUGUCAAAAAUGUCGGAUGAGAAAAAUCAAUAAAUAUAUAAAUCUACUUUAAAUUUUCAGUGGGAAAACUCAUACCUAGUUCAUCGAGAAGAUGUAAAUGGAAAGGAAGUAUUUUGUCUAGCACUUCGACAAUACAACAGAAUAUGUCACUAUGGAUUUGAAUUCGAGAAUAAUUUCUGGGCUUGCACAAGAGUUAUACCCGAUUUGGAUUCAACCGUACGAUUCCAACAUAUUCACUCAAUGCUCGAUUUUUGGAGCUUGAAAACCAAUCUGAUACCAGUUUCAAGAAGCAAAAUAGUGAUAUACCACGACGAUGUGAAAUUGAUCAAAAUAUUGGGAGCCGGUGCAUUUGGUGAAGUUUGGAAGGGAACAAUUACGAUCAAAGGUGUUGAGAAAGAUUGUGCUGUUAAGAAAAUCAAAGGGGAAGUGAAACGAGCUCAAAUUUCUGCAUUUUUUCACGAGGCAAACAUAAUGUCACUUCUCGAUCAUGAAAAUGUUAUCAAAUUCUAUGGUCAAUGCACUUUAUUAUCGCCAAUAAUGGCUGUUAUGGAAUUGGCUGCUGGUGGAGUGGUUCGAAGUUAUUUAAGGCAUAAUAAACCGAAUAUAUUGAUUUUGAUUGGAAUAGUCAAUGAUAUUGCAAGAGGAAUGGAUCAUUUGUCAAGUUUGCGGAUUAUUCAUCGUGAUUUGGCUGCACGAAAUUGUCUGCUUGAUGACAAACUAAACGCGAAAAUAUCGGAUUUUGGGUUAUCUGUGAGAGCUGUAGAAAUACGUGUGAAAAAUCUGAAACAAGCGCCGAUUCGAUGGUUAAGCCCCGAAACCAUCAUAACAGGAUUGUUCAACGAGAAAACUGAUGUUUGGUCAUACGGAGUGACAGUUUGGGAAAUAUUCACCAACUGUAAACGUCAUCCUUUGUAUCCGAAAAGUAUCAAACAAUCGAUUCAAGCGAUUCGAGAAAUUGAAAAACCACACAAGUUUGUUGAUGUGAAACCGCCGAAAAGUAUUGUUGCAUUGGUUGAAAAUUGUACACGUCGAAAUGCGAAAGAGAGACCAAUGUUUCGAGAAUUGAAAGUGGAAACAUUGAAGAUUCUAGAGAAAGGACUAAAAAAGGUACUUACUUAUUAAUGUUUCGCACUCCCGAGAGUGAUCAUUAAAAAUUAUUGUUUUUUAGGAUAGCCGUCGCCGUCCGAAUCCACCACUUCACCAAGUCUCAUCGCGCAACAAAAUAAUAACAGCUAGAAAACGAAAGAAGAGCAGUCAUGCAAUGUUCUAUAGAAAACAAGCUAGUUCUGGAGAUUUGUCGUUUGAUCAAGUUUCGAAGGACGACAAAGAUAAAGAUAAAGAGCCUCGUGAAUAA